UUUGGAUUGUGUAGUUUGGCAGAAGGAUCCGUCAGCUGCGGAGGGGUGUCGGACUCACUUCAUGGUCCUGGUACAUAAUAAAGACCCUGAAAAAAAUAAGCAACGGAUCCUUUUUUUUUAACCGGACGGGAGAUGGACAACAGUAAACGGACUGUGGUCGUUACAGGUUUUGGGCCAUUUGGAGAGCACACCGUCAACGCCAGCUGGGUAGCAGUGCAGGAGCUAAAGAAGCUUGGACUGGGCAGUGAGGUGGACUUGCAUGUAUACGAGGUUCCUGUAGAGUACCAGAAAGUCCAGAGUUUGGUUCCGUCAUUAUGGAAGCAGUAUCAUCCACAGUUGGUAGUUCAUGUCGGAGUCUCAGGUAUGGCCACCACCGUCACGUUGGAGAAGUGUGGCAGAAAUCAUGGCUACAAGGGCCUGGACAACAGCAGCUUCUGUCCUGAUUCGGCGUGUUGCAUUGUGGGAGGCCCGGACUGUAUCGACUCGGUUAUUGACAUGGAAUCAGUCUGCAAGAGAGUGACCGCCUCCGGGCUGGGAGUAUCAGUGUCUGUCUCCAAAGACGCUGGAAGGUAUCUCUGCGAUUUCACAUAUUACACGUCUCUGUAUCUGAGUCACGGCCGCUCUGCCUUCGUCCAUGUGCCUCCUCUCGGAAAGCCUUACAGUGGGGAAGACCUGGGCCGUGCGCUGCAGGCGGUCAUCCAGGAGAUGCUGGAGCUUCUGGACCAGGCUGAGGAGAAGAUCCACUGCCAGCAGCACUUCCACUAAGUGACCUCUUGAUGCCAACCAGCCUCUCCAGCCCUCACCACACAAGAGAAAUUGCACUUAACCACAAGUAGCCAAACUUCUUCUUCUUCUUCUUUUUUUUUAUUAUUGUCUUGACUUGGACAUAAUGGAAAUUUCAGUGUAUAGGAUGUUUUCAGUGUUUGUCUCUCUCUGUCUAGAUUUUUGCGUCUUGUUUUGCUAGGCCUGAUUCAGUUAUGUUUUAGGGUGCUUUCAAACCUGCCUUGUUUAGUUUGGUUGAAUUGAACCCUGGUUCGUUUGCACCCUUGGUGCAGUUCGUUUGGUGUGAACACAGCAAUCGCAUUUGGGUGCAGACCAAAACAACCGGACCAAGACCUUGUUGAAGAGGUGGUCUCGGUCCGGUUACAAAUAAACUCUGUUAAAGUUCAUUUGUGGUAUGAACAUGAUCUGACCUAGAUCUGACCCAACUGCGCAUGUUUUGGAUUAAACCAUCUCCUGUAGCCAGCUGCGCUGUGCAUUCUGCUCCCUUCUCCUCUUCAGCCGACUGAAGGCAGCACAUUGCUCUCUAGGUGUUGCCUUGAAGUGCGUUCACGUGUGCCAUUCUGCUUGCAUAUUUUCGCUCGGUGUAUGGCCCAAACGACUGAGCCGGAUUAUCCAUAUAUUGGGUGAGUGUCUUGGAGCACCAGCCUAUUGCUGUGCUGGGGGGCACCAAUGUGAAAAAAAUGAAAAACAUAAAUAGUUUUCAUUGUCAGAAACCACAGAUUAACCAUUUAUAAAGCACUUGAUUUAACUUUUAUUUAUUAUUAUUCUUAUGAAUAUGAAUAUGAAUUAUAAGAAUAAGAAAACAGUUGAACAGUAGCUGCUGCUGCGUCUUUCAGCACCACAGAGGCGAGGAGAGAGAGAGAGAGAGAGACGCUGUUUCUUUCAGUAAUAACAGUCGUACACUUUAUUGCUGAUAGAAAAUAUGUUGAAAGAUCAUUUUACUAAUCCACCAAGUACAUCGUCUACCAAGUACAACUUCGUAUUCCUGAGUGCUACAGUUCAUACAUUAGAUUUAUUUUCUGUUUUACAAAGGCGAAAAGGAAAAUCAAGUCCUUUAUAAAUGUUGUAGCCUAUCUGCUGUUUCUGAAAAACAAACUCCUUUCUCCGCCUCCACCCCACAAGACUUCUGACCAGUGAACGCAGUGACAGCUCCCACACGGCUUUUGUUGAUACAUUUUGGUUCACUUGAAAUUUUGCUGUGUGAAACCAAACCGAACCAAAGGGAAAAUGUAACAAAGUAACAAUUCAUCCACUGAUUUGGACCAAAGCAAACAAACUGUAGGUGUGAAAACACCCUUAAUGUCUCCCAAUGAAGAUAAAAGAAGAUAAAAUGGGAGUCUCAAGUCCAAGGUCACAAGAUAGAAUAAACUUUUAACCCACUUCAAGGAACAUUAAACUUGAUUUCUGAGUUCAAACUGGCAGAUUUUAAAGUUCACAGAGAAAACAAACAGUGACAUUACUGCUUUUUUUCACAUACAGUUUCUGCAGAGGGUCUGUAAUGUGGCAGAUAUUUCACACUAUAACCCCAGAUGUGACUACUAUUAUUGCACCUUAUAGGGUUAGGGUUAGAAAUGGUUAUAGAAGUCACAUCUGGGGAAACUAUUAAAUGUCCUCUACAUUGUUUGACUUUCUUAAUGUUUCAUUCUUACAUUUCUUUGAGUUUCACCGAGAUUCAAAGCCGAAUUUAUUAUCAAAACCCAAAAGUUGUAUUUCUGUUGAUGUAACCUCCAUUCACAAUAUGUUGCAGUCGACAGAUUAUCAGGGUGUUUGCACCUGAAUGUCUAUAAAUGAUUAAUGUACACGAUACAUUAUGGUUUAUGUAGAAAGUUGUAGCAGUAAACUGUGUUAAUUUCCUCCAGAUAUUAUUUUCCCAGCUGCUCUGAAGCUUAACUGUUCUGUUUCACAUUUGAUGUUGAAUUGUUUCGUGAGUCCUUUUUCUUUAUAAGAAGUUGUAAAUUUGCCUUCUUUUACAAAGGUUAUUUAAAUCAGGGAACGGGUUGGUUCCAGCUCAUAUUCCCCCAGUUUGUUGGCCCAGUUCUGACAGGAAACCACAAAUCCACCCCUCUGAGAUCUGGCCCCAGGCUGUGCAAUGUUAUUUUACAGAUCUCAGGUUCAUUGAUGUAGGUAAUUCAUGUUAUAGGUUUGUCAUAAUUGUAUUGUGGCUACACAAUUAUUUGAGAAAAUAUUGAGCAUUGCAAUUUUAAAGUGUAGAAAUUCUCCGGUUGCAUGAAACAGAAGAUCUUCUGUUGGAAAACAAAGCUAGUAUACAAUUUGUAUUGUAUAUUCAUUAAUAUUGCUUUUAAAGAACUGAACAAAUACUGUGUUAAAUGCUGCAUAAGGAAAGAGUCUCGCAAACAUCAAAGACACAGAGAAGACCAGCAUUAGAUCUUUUCUAUUGCAUCAAUUUAAUGUGAUGAGUUACACAUCUGUGUUUGAUGCCUAGUGGAGCUUUAACUUCACAGAGACACUCAUUUAUGGAACGUAUUUAAUCAAACUAUGUAGAAAACCUGCAGUUUAUCUUUACAGUGGGAAACAUUUCAAGACCAAAUUGCAAAAUCCGAGUUUUACUUCUUUUUUUUUUUUCAAAUUUGUGCAGCUCUAAAUGUCAUUCCAUGAUUAAAGCUUUCUGUUGGUCUCUUCAUCGAAUCAGAUAUAGCUGCUUAUUUUACCUGAGAAUUUGAUUUGAUGAAGUUUGACACUCAGUUCAGUCAGAAUUGGGCCUAAAAGUUUUUAUUUCCGUAGCACUUUCCUUUUUUUUGUUUGUCUCAUUGUUUUUAUUUUUAUUUGCAGUCACUUUAACUCGUAAUGUAGCUUUGCAAACAUACUCACAUCCAUUUGAAUCUAUUUUUCCUACUAAUACUUGUAAUUCUGUAUGUGAGGUAUGAUUUAUAGGUGAGUUAUGCUUUAUUUUCCUGAACUUUGGUUUGUUCUGACUUGUUAAACUAACUGCUGCAGAUUCAUUCAGUCUGUCCGUGAUGGUGCCACUCCCAGGUGUAAAUGCUCUGUUUUACGGCUUUUUUUUUAUUGGAUUUUCUUCUAUUUCACCAUGUAGAUCAGCGUUUUCCUGACUGCUGAGUCAACAGGACAGACCACACCACUUAACGUGGCUUCAGUUUGAUUAGUUUCAGUAGACGGUUUAGCAUUGAAUGGUCUGAUUCAGCAACCUGUGCACCCUCAAGAAACUUCUCCCUCUGUGGGAAACUUGGAUCUCUAUGUCUUAGCUAGUUGUAGGAAACUAACUGAACACUGUGUAGCAUUGCAGCAGUGGCCUUUCCUUGAGCUCUCAGUUAAAUUGCCUGUUUUUUUCACCAGAGUUAAGCCAGUUGCUGCCAGUGAGUUUUGGGUAAAUGAUCAUUAUUUUUAGCUGUGCACGUCAUUUUAAUUGCUAUUCAGUACCAUGGUUUUUACCACAAAUUACUGUAGCAGAAUAGAAUUGAACUUCCUCUCAGACCUUUUUUUUUUUUAUCUUUGUCUCUGUCAUUUAUGUUACAUCUUGGUUCUGUGAUCUAAAGCUUACUUAUGGAAUUAUUGAUUGACGGGCAGGUUUUAGUUUGCAGGUGCUGGUUAUUUUUCUGUGCUUUGCAUUGUGACUGCUCGGGAUGUGAAGGAGCUGCCCCUAAAAUGUCUGCUCACAAAUGUAAAAGCCUCCAUAUGUGUCUAGUUUACAUAUGGGGUGACAUUUGACCCUGACUGUCUCCUGUGCCUUGCUGUUGUUUAUGUGUGUUGUGAAAAGGCCUUAAAAAAUGCCCAGUGGGUCAGUUCAAAGAUAAAUACUGAUGCUGUCCAGUCAGAUGUGUGGCUACCUCAAAAAUACUUUUUUAUCUUGGAGUGUGCUCUGUUGUAUGAUAUCAUUAUGGCUUUGUGAUUUAAUGUGAGUUCCUCUCUUAAGGGAGAAUCCUCUAAAAGGUGAAUUCUGCUUCUGACAUUAACAAAGCACUGUUACAAUAAGUAAUCUUGGCUUUGUAAAAGGAAAGGCUUUGAAUUAAAGAGAAUUAAAAGAUUAAAAGUAA